AUGGCAGCCUCGGAUGCUGAGAUCGCCUUUGGUUUUGCAGGCUACUUUUUCUCACUGUGCCUGUUCCUCGCCCCGGGGGUCAUGAUGUGGUACGUUCAAGGGAGUAGCCAAGUAUACCCCCUACCCGUACGCCGUGACCUCAGCCAACUGCGCAAUCUGGCUCGUCUACGGCAUACGGCGGGCCAUGGGCCACAACCAGAGCGCGGCGGAUGCAUCAACCACCGAGAAGCUCCUCAACUCAACAGCGGCGUGGCGUGGGUGAACGGGAUCGGAGUGGCCCUGGAGCUGCUCUACAUUGUGCUCUUCUUCAUCUACUCCCCAGCCCACGACCGCCGACGCAAGCCGCUCUUCAUCGCCGUGUCCGGUGGAGUCAUUGCCGUCAUCGUGGGCGGGGCGGCAUUCGCCAUCAACCCUACCUUGGCCAGCUUCUACUGCGCCUUCUGCGGCCUCGCCGUCUACGCCGUGCCUCUCUACGAUGUGAUCAGUGUGCUGAUCAGCCGCCGUGCUAGAUACAUGCCACCUCUCGCCAUUGGGGUUGUGUCUCUCUGCAAAGGAGUCGCGUGGUGCACCUUCACUGGACUUCACGGCGAUUUCUACAUGUUUUACCCAAACCUUGCUGGCGUGGUGUGCGCCUGUGUGCAGCUUGCACUCCACGUCGCAUACAUGUGCAAGAUGGGAGGCUGCGCAGACUGUCAGGCCCAGGAUGAUGACGAUCUUCUUGGCGAAGGCCUGAUCGAUGCUGCUGAAGACGGCUUCACCGUCAAUCCGCUCAAGGACAACAUCAGUCUACUCUUCUCACAGGACCCUUUCUUCAUUUAG